GACUUGGACUUGACUGAGGUAACCCAGUCGCAGUAACCCAACGGCCAGACAGACAGAAUAUAGCACAAUCUGCCUGCAUAGAAACAACGCCGUACUCGAGUACCGAGGGCCAACAGCGGCCCGGGGUUGGUUAGAAAAGUCAAACUAAACACACGGUAUUUCUCGGACGUUCGGUGUGUUGGGAAAAGAACCAACCUCGACGGCGACUUCUAUCCAUGUUUCAUUGAAAGGGUUUUACGUUACUUUGCGUUAACUAUUUUAGUUGUUUAACGUUACUUCCUAACGGCAGAUUCUUAGAUUUAAAUGUUUAACUCUAUGGGUCUUAUCAACGAUACAACGGGCAUCCACACGAAUGUGUCCUGUUCCUGUAACUGCAAACACACGACUUCUUUUCAGAGUACGGAGAUCAGCCAGCUGGAGUUUGUGCAGAUCCUGGUGAUAGUGGUGGUUAUGAUGGUGAUGGUGGUAGUGAUCACCUGCCUGCUCAACCACUACAGACUGUCUGCCUACUCGCUACUCACCAGACACAGCGCUGCACGCAGACAACACCUACCUUUCACCUCAGAUACAAGUCUGUGGCCAUCUGAUGGCGUAGGGCCCUCUAGUGGUGCGAGUGAGCAGCAGGUGAGUGGCUCUCGGCCCCCAGAUCCGGUGGGCUCUCGUGGCGGCGGCGCUGGUGGUGGUGUCGGUGUGGCCGCGGGUCGGUUCCAGCCCACGUGGCCGUACCUGCAGCACUCCAUCAUCGAGCUGCCCCCCACCAUCUCGUUGUCGGACGGCGAGGAGCCGCCGCCCUACCAGGGCCCCUGCACCCUGCAGCUCCGCGACCCCGAGCAGCAGCUGGAGCUCAACCGCGAGUCGGUGCGCGCGCCGCCCAACCGCACCAUCUACGACGGGCCCCUCAUCGGGCCCCCCUGCCCCCCCUCCACCUACAGCAGCAGCAGCAGUGCGGGCUCCGGCUCCGGCUCCGGGUCCAUCUCCAUCUCCGUGGGGGGCUACCCCAACCAGCCGCGCCAGGAGGGGGCUCCCCCAACGUACAGCGAGGCAGUCGGACACUACUACCACCCGUCCCCCCCCAGGCACCUGAGGACGGGCGGUGGGAACCCCACGCCCCUCAUCCAGGCGGUAGAGAACAGGAACGCACGCAACAAGGAGAAGCAGAAGGGACAGCAGGUUUGAGGGGGGGGGGGGGGGGGGGUUGUGUGUGUGUGUGUGGGGGGGGGGGGGUUGCUAAAUCUGCUCACCUCAGCCCCCUCAGCCGUUACACCGGAGAUGAACAGGAGUGGUGUCGGACGCUAGUGUGAAAGCAGUUGCACAAAAGAAGAGUGGAAACGACAGAAAAGAACACCGCGCUUCUUCAUCUUGCUCUCCUGCCUCGGUACAAAGAUUUAUGUAACGCGUCCUUUCAGUAAAUACUGCUUCACAUCAUGACCAUGGGAGUUCACCGUUUUAAAACACAAACCAGGUGGAUCUCCUCCAGUAAUUUUUCUUUUUUACUUUUGCAUUGUCCAGAACCACAGAGGCAAAAUGAUAUUCCAUAAUCCAUGCUUGUUUCCUUUUUUCUUUUCUUCUUUUUAGCUUAAAUCAUUCUUAUUUGGGAGUAAAAAUCACCUUUCUAUUUAAAAAGCGUUCUUUUUGUCAUGUAGGUUUGAUGCCUCUGCGAUUCCGUUUCAUAGUUUAGUCGAGAACCAAGAUGGUGGCCGUGCUGAUCCUUGACCUCUCUGACCGCCCGUCUCAGGAGGGGCACUUAGGGGUAGUGGCCAGCUUCGGCCACCAUAGCUUCCAUAAAAAUGUUUGCACAAAGUUGUAAGCGAGACUGUUCUUUACUAGUCUGACAACAUACCAGAAACAAAUGUCUGUAAUUUGUAGAAAGGAAGAGAGGAUCACCUGCUAAGAUGAGUAUUUUUGUAAAGAAACAGAACACCUUCUAAAGAGGAAGUGCUUUUUUUUCACCUGUUCUAGAAGUGAUCUGUUGGGGAACCAACUGAAACGUAUUGAACGUUGAGCUAUAUGUCCCUUCAGUGUGUAUGUCUGCAUGUGUAUAUGUAUGCCAUAUUUUGUUGCUUCCAGUGCAAAACCUUGUGCCUCAUGCUAUCCCAGUUCUAGGGGCUGAAGAGAUUAGAGUGGGAGUCUAUAGUUUAGGCUAUUAGGCUAAUAGACAGAAAUAGACUUUUCAGGUGUGCUAUAACUGAAGUACUAUGUCUUUUGAAAUCAUUGGGUGAUUUGGAAGAGAACUAAUGUAUUUCAGUACAGUGGGCAUAAUAACCAUUAACAUGUCAUUGAGAUCCCACUGGCUUUGAAUCCCAGCUCACUUUUAGCGUGACGCUUUGAUUUGAGAGUGGCUAAAAGAUCUUAACCACUCUAGCGGUAUAUCUGCAACUGAUUUCAUGGAGGGAGAGUUAAUGCUUCAUUAAGCGGCAGGCACAAGGUUUUGCAUAGCCAGUGAUGACAUAUACAUGUAUAUGAAAACUGAAAACAAAACUUAAAAGGCACAAAGUUAUUUAUAUAUAAAAAAAAAAAACAAAGUCUAAAAAUUGCACUAUUUAAAUAUAACGAAAUGGUAAGCAGAGGCUUGUGUACAAAUGAAAAACCUCUUGUGUUUGUAAUUGAGAGGGCCUGUAUGUCAGUCAGUCUGUGUUUGCGUGCGUCAUGCGAUGCCCCCCGUAUAGCCCUCCACCCAGCUCUUAUGAGGAGCGUAUGGCAGCACUUGAGCCAACACAGCAGCCUCCUCCCAUGCCACAGGGCAGAGCCCUUCAGACGGAGGGAUCGGUCUCAGCUCUAGCCCAGUCAUCUGCCAUCUUGGACUGCUCUGUGUAGUGGACACGAGCCAUGUCACAGUUCAGCUCUGACUGGACACCAAAAGCAUAGCCUAAGAGCUCUGUCUGGACCGAGUUCUGGCUCGGGUCAGUCCUCGAUCCGUUCUAGACUCCUCUUUUGAUUGACAAGGCUCUGCACGAGGGAGCCAGGCAGAUGCACAGACAGACGUCUGGAGCUCCAGUCAGCCACUGGCCAGUCCUGGCCUGUGUCCCAUCUAUGUCUAGACUGUGCAGCUUCUGUGAGCGCGGGCGUGCUGUGUCCUGAUGUACCAGGGUCAAGUGUGGGUGGACCAGGGCAAGGGGGGGGGGGGGGCCUCAGCACUUUAAAGACGACAGGGGAGGGAUAAAGACACAAUCCCCAGACAGCACUGGUCUCCCAACCUAUAUGCAAGAGCUCCCCCUAGAGGCCUGGAGCCACAGGGACCUCCAGUGUGCUAGCAUCCCAAUGCAGGAACAGAGAGGGAGGGAGAGGAAGAUGAGAGGAGACGAGGCGAGACCAAAUCCUACCUCUGCUCUCUUCAGUUUGGGACGAUUGUGUCUCUGUGCUCAUUCACAUGCAUUUUAGGAGUCUAAUGGAGUGGUGCAAUGUGGACUCUAGGUCACUCGUUGCAUAUAGGUCCUGUCUGCCAGUUUGAGACUCUUGUGCCAUCUUUACAUGUUACUAUGAGAAAGGGCAUGUGGAAAACACUCACGCCUGAAGGAUGUCAUUUACAAAGCACAGGCAUAUUGCUAACUAACAUCUGCUUGUGCCGUGACUACCUUACUACUGUACUGUAUUGUAGUGUCCGGUGUUUACGCUGCAGAUGGGAACGUUUCAUUAGAAAAUGCAUGUGAAGACGAGACACUUUAAUCAUGUAAUAGAUGACCCAAAUGAGCUGCCUGAAGCCAGACCCUUUAAUCGCUGGCCCUGGCCUGACUGAUGUUUGGGGUGAUCAGCCCUGCUCCAUAGCAAAGGCCGAUUAUUGAUACACACAAGGGUAUGUGUGUUUGGGCACGCGUGUGUGUGUCUGGUUUUGGCAAGCUCCUUCUUUGGGUAGCCAGUGCUGUCUGAGCCCACGUCUAUGAAAAGAAAAGUAAAGAAACCUUGGGGGACGGGGACGGGGGGGGGGGAGGGGUUGAAUGAAUAGAGUUUGAUUGAAGGGACUUGAUCAUGUGUGAUAUAAAUGUAGCUUUGGCCACAGAGGCGGAUUCUGCUUCACUUCCCCUUGAGACAUGGCAGAAUCAUAUCUCUUAUAUCAGCCAUAGGUAAAGGGAGAAGGCAACCGGAGUAGUGCUGUUUGCUGGUAGGGCAAGGCUAAAAUGCAACACACACACACACGCGCACACACAAACAUCAAAAGUCCUGAUCAGUGUGUGUUUGCCUGGCUUAAGUCCCUCACAAUUUCUCUGCAUUUCUUGGAGCUCUUAGUGAAGAAGCCCUCUCUCGAAAUAUGAUAUGUGUGUGCGCGUGGACAUUGAUGAUGAUGAUGUUGAGUAUGAUGAUGAUUUUAAAGAGGUUUUGUGGAGAAUGUUGCAAUACACCUAUUAUUUGCCUUUUUAAUAAUGUAGUUAUGUUCAUUCAGAGAGAAUUGUAACAUUUGUCAUUGUUUGUUAUUAUUAUUGUUUAUGUUUAGUUUUGUAGAAAAAGAAAUGUAAUUUUGUUCAGAUUCACUCAACACAAAUGAAAUGCAGAAGUUUGCUGAAGAAGCUCUUCACUCUUCCUUCAGCUUCGGACUCCCCUUUGUGUGUUCAGUUCUAGAGACUUCAACACAUGCACACAUAAGUACAAACAUAUCUGCACUUAGGUCAAGCUGACUGGCUACAUUUCUGAAAACCUUUGCUUCUUCUAGAUGUGUGCCUUUUUGAGGAGUAUGAAAGCCGAAAGUCUAAACGUUUAGGGCAUUUAGCCCUGGACUGUGUUGCCUUUUCUCACUUGAAUCCCUACUUUUUAAUAUAAUGCCAAAAAUAAUUUCUAAAUAAAUGCAUACAAGUAACUGAUAGCUAACCAUUUAACUCUCAACGCAGUGUAGAGAUCAGACUUAUAAAGUAAAAGCAGCGCAGGGCUCAAAAGAUGGCCGAAUACUGAUCUGCUACCCAUGUGGAUCGAACCAUAGAGGAGAGGGACAGGAUCCACAGCAGGCAUAAGAGACAGACAGUCAGUGGUGUCUCGUGGUCUUCCUGCCCUUCUGAUGGUCUCUGAUGGAGGGGUGUAUUCUAAAGCGAGGUUACUGGCUUAUUUCGGUGAGUUCAGGAGUUGACUUUCAAAAGAAACGUCACUUUUGAAACCGUAGAUGCUCAGUGCAGUGCAGUGGUUACUCCCAAAGUAACCUGGAUAGGCCAGUAACUUUGCUUCAUAGUACACCCCUCUCUGAGUCUGUCUUCCUGUGGGAGAGAAGGCCAUUGUCUCUCCCAUUGUAAGCCUGUCCAUCAGUCCUGUAGACUUGAACCGGUCUCCUCUUCUACGCCUGUCCUGUCUGUAGCCUCUUAGCCACCUCACAUUGAAGUCUUUGGGAGGAAAAAUAAGGGCUUGAUUGUGGUGGUACUGGUUGAGUCAGUACAGUAUGUGACCCAUUAAAACAGUAACUGUAUGUUUGCCGUAACAUACACUAAAAGACCUAUGGGUGCUUUUAGUCCUCGGACUGUCAUUGUUUUGUUUUUGUUUGUUUGUUUUCUAUAUUUCAUCUCUCUUCUGUCACAUGGUCUCUGUUGCCAUGAUGACUAAAAUCUAAGACAGCUUAUUGGCUGGCGACUCUUAACUGCUCACUUGAAAACAAUCCUGUUCAUGUUGUAUUUAUAUUGGAUCUUUUAAAUGUGUUGUUGCGUUUGUAUAUCUGUUUUAAGGAGAAGAACAGACUGUAGUUAUUAAACAUUUUAAUUAGCCCUGAUUAAAUCAAUAAAAUAUUUUAUAAAAUAA